UAAGGUGUUUAAACAAGUUUUGUCAUGCUUGGCUCGGCGUGAAGUCGGAUUACUGUGUUAAUUAGAUCUUAAUUAUAACCGUGACUGUUAAAUACCUGACAUUGUUAUAAGUCGGAACGUAAGAACGUACACAUACUUAGUUACGACCAAACUUGUUUGGAUAUUAUAAUCCUUUAAAAAUAAAUAGUGAAAAGGAAAAUAUGGAUAUAAACUAAAACUUGAAAGGAAUAAGAAGACAACGUGUAUCGAAUUGUGGAAGACUGAAAUAACUUUAUUUAUAAUUUUUCACUUGGAAUUACAAAAAGAAUUACUCCGUCAAAAUGAGCGGAGGUAUGGUUGGGAGUUACAUGUUGGCUACUCGAAAGAGUGCCUACCACGAGAACUGUGUCCCGUCUGACAGAAGAGACCAGGCCACACAAGUAUCAGCCGACAAGAAAAGACAGGAAGGCGACUAUGUCCAGUGUGAUGCUGUCAAACAGGACACGAUCUGGAAAGAGUCUGUCACUGGAGAAAAGAGAUGUCUUAAAAACUGGUCAAGUGACUGGGGUUUCUUAACAGAUUUUGAUUCGAAGGGUGAUGGUGGCAUUACAAUGGGCAACCAGCUAGAGAAAGAUCCCUUACCAGAGAAAGCCAGUAUAUUUUCUUCGGACAUGCCAAACACCAACUCAGGAAACUAUGGGUCAAGGGUCAACACGGAUGUAGGAAGACAGAUGCAGAACCUAGAAUACAAAUUCUACGCCGAAAAACGAAGGCGGAAGUUAGGAAAAGAAUUAGUAUGCUACUAAAGUUAGACACUGGAGAUACUACAGUUAUUCGUUUUUGUAUCAUUUUAAAUUUGUUUAUUUUUGUUUAAAAUCAGGGUUAUUGAAUUUAAAAUUUGAUUGUGCUGACCUGAUCAGAGUAUCGUUUAGAAAAUAUAUUUUUCAAAAGGUAAAUUUAUGAAUUUGAAUUGAAAUAUAAAUUUACCUAUAAUCAGAGAUGGAUUGACACUUUUUUUUUAAACUGUAAUCAUGGUUGCAAGUCAGUAUACAAGGGUGAUUAUCUUGACAUAGAUUUUAAAAGGAAUCUAACUCAUGUCUAAAUAUUCAUGUUUGUCUUUAAAAGGAAAAUAAUGAAAUGUUUUUUUUAUUCAAAUUUUCGUAAAAUACUUGUUGAUCUAUUUAGCUUCCUGGUUAUUCUUGAAUAAUUUGAAUAUAUUGUGGUUUAAACCUACAGGGAAAAAUGAUAACCUUCCAUUCGAGAUUAAAGGGAACUAACACCCUGCAGUAUUUAAUGAAAUUGUCGUUGAAAUUGAAUUAUCCCCCUUUGUAAGUUCAUACAGUGAAGUUAUUAAAAAAUCCACAUAUAUAUUAUUCUAACUGCUCUUUGUUUUAUACAAUAUUAAUUUUCGACAAAAGAAACAUUAUCAGGUUUAUAAAUCUUGAAGUGCCAAGUGUAAUAAUGUAUCAUUUACAGAAACAACAUGUUUUAUAUCUGAUACGUUUGUAUUCAAAAUCCAAAGAAUUUAUUGCACUUUUUGGUUGUAAAAUUUACGAAAAGAAUUUGAAGCCAUUGUUUAAAAUUAGACAAUUUUUUUUUAUAUAUUUGUAUCAGUUUGAACAUUUGUCUAUCAACAUGUAAAUGUGUGAUUAUCCCCUAUCAUAUAACACAACAAAAGUUUUGAUUCAUAUUAACUAACCAUAAAUUUUCAUCCAAUAAUUGGCCGUUCCAGAAUCUAGAGCAUCAUGGGUAAUUUCAUUGUUCGUAUCCAAAAGUGAAAACCACUUUACGUAGUUGGUUGAAUUUCCAUUGUUUAUAACGUUUCAAACCAAUCAAAACGCUUUGGUGAACGCUUUCGAAAAUAUUACUCAGGAUGCAUUAGAUUCUGAAACGGCCAAUAGAGUAUGUCUCCUUGUUUAUCUAUAUUAUUUACUUGCUGUCAAUGCAGAACAUAAAAAAGUUCUGCAUAUUAAAAUGACUUUAUUAAGAUUCCGUCCCAUAAAGUGUGUCUCUUUAUAUUUUGUCUUCGUCUUUGCAGAAAAAGUUCCGAAUUAAAACGACUAUAUUAAGACUCUGUCCAAUAGAGUAUGUCUCUUUAUUUAUAUAUUAUGUCCUUGUUGUCUAAAUGUAAACUCUGCAGUAUUUUGUAUAUUAUACCAAAGUUAUGAAUAGUGCCUCUGUGUGAAACUAAAGCUUUAUAGUAAAACAGCUUACACUACAAGUAUUGCAGUAUAUACGAAGAUGCAUACCAUUGUACCUUAAUUCACUUUUAUGCUAUGAAAUUGGAAGUUUUCAUCAGUACAUUUAUUUUGAUAUUUUCGUAGUAAGGUUGUUUGCAACACCAUAACCAUUUGCAAUAAUAAAAAAAAAAGUAAUAAUUUCGAAUUUUAAAUGCAUGUAAAAAAUACAAAAAAAAUAAUUUAAAAGACCUAUUUGUAUCAAUCUACUUAUUAUUGUUAUCAAUAUAUUAAAACGUUUGCUAACAUGUAUGUGUGUACAGUAGUUUCAAACACUCUAUGAUAAAAGUUUCAAAUUGUGCAGUUAUAUAAAAAGUUCUGUGAUGAUGAUUUAUACUGUUAUAGUUUUUUAUUAUAUUUGUUGUACAAGUUUCUGUCACUUAUUAACUUUUACAAAUAUUUUAAUAUAUUAAAAUCUUUUUAAUACA